AUGCCGUCGCAUUGGUGGGAGAAUCAUAUGAGACGGUCGAACGGGUACUUUGGAUGUGAAAUAACACGGGACAACGACGAGGCGACUGGGUUUAAUAUGUGGACAUUCUUCCAGACCAAAGAAGUGAACUCAGACACAGAUUACAAGUGGUCAAAGUUCAACAUCUUCACGCGGUGGAUCGCGAAAACAAACAAAACCGCAAUUCUUCUCUUCGAACCAAAUAAGAGUCCCAAUCCCUUCGAUAAAAUAGCCCUCAAUGCUGAUCUUCUUGGAGACCCGUUCUGGGUCCUUACACAUGUUCUGGACGAAUUGUGCAAGCUUCAAGACAACGCCGUUUGGUUGAUCCGCGAUAGCAUUCGUAUGAUCGAAAAAGAGAAGACGCCACAAGAGGGGCAGACGCCCAAUUAUCGCAAGCUGCACGAUAUCGCGCGCCAUUCGAUCCACGUCAUAGAGACUCUCGACGUGACACUCCUGACAGUCGAGCAAAUCAUCGAGGGCCACAAGACUUAUGUGACGCCGCAGUCAACCUCGCCGCAGAUCCUCACCACGCCGUCUAAAGAUCACAUCUGGCAAGACGUACAUGCAAGACUGAUCGCCUCUCAAGGCUUUCUAGCCAGUCAACAACAACGAGCCAUUGCCAAUGAGAAGCGGCUGAAGAAUGAGAUCCAGCUGACCUUCCAGAUGGUGGCGCGGAGUGAGGCUACCGUCAUGAUCGAAGACAGUGCAGCCUUGAAGACAAUUGCCAUUGUCACCUAUACUUUCUUGCCGCCUACUUUCAUCUGUGCAUUGUUCAGUAUGUCAUUUUUCAACUACGAUCGGCAGCUGGGGUGGGCAAUGUCGCCCGACUUUUGGAUAUAUUGGGCCAUUGCACUGCCUGCCUCGGCACUCUCUGUCGGCCUGUGGUAUUACUGGCAGAAAUCGCCCCCGUCGAGGACUGAACAAGAGAAGGUUGACCGAUUUUCGAGGAGAAUGGAUCGCUUGCAAAUGCAUCAAGUAUGA